AUGCUGCCUUUAAGAUCUUGUUCGAUAUGGACGGAUUCUACGCCUGGCGUCCUGAGGGCUUGGGCGACCUUUAGCGAAAACUAUUCCCUCGGCGACUCCCUUGCCGUUGCCCACGCUACCCAUGGAAGAAGACUUUACGAUACCUUGAAGGAGUAUUGCAGUAUUACUGAGGAAUCAAAACUCCAGGAAGAGAUUGACCGCUUUGAAGACGAGGUCAUUAAAGGCGGACCUACCGCUUUACCAGGCGCCAAUGAGUUGAUCUCACAGCUUGCUUCGCUACCUAAUGCUAAAUGGACCAUUGUCACGUCUGCUUCCAAUAAGUUUGCGCCGCGGGCCCUCGCGUGUGCUGGUAUCCAAACGCCCGAGCGAGGAAUCAUUACAUCCAAUGACGUGAAUCGAGGAAAACCGCAUCCUGACCCGUACCUUGCUGGGGCGCGACUUUGUAACGUGGAUCCGAUUAAUUGUCUUGUGGUAGAAGAUGCUAUUUCCGGCAUCAAGUCAGGCCGCGCUGCGGGGUCUCGAACGCUUGCGGUGUGCACUUCGACAAGUCGACAAAUACUUUUGGAGUCAGAUGCGAGACCCGACUACCUCGUCGAAAAUCUCACGAGCGUGUCGGUGAAGAGCGUGGACGGAAAGCUGGAAGUCACAAUAGAUAAAGCCGAUCGAGCGUAA